AUGAACUCAGACCAGCAGCAUGUUCACACACAGCUCAGUCUGCAGCCGGCAAUCAUCAAACUCAUCUCCUUCUUCAGCAUCAUCAUGUCCAGACUGACCUGCCUGCUCUUUGUCCUCUGCAGCGUGUUGACCCCGACCCUCGGCUGUGAUUGGAUUAGCAGACGCUUUGGUCACCUCAGCGGCCUAUCUCUGGAUCUCAUUCAACACAUGGGCGGUCCGUUGACAAAACAACCGAGUCCAGUUCGCUUUCCAGACAGACUUUACAGCCGCGUACGUAAGGCUGAGGUGGAGUCCCAGUUGGUUUUCAUUAGAGACAGUCUAGACCUAAUUUCUGGUCUAUAUCACCAUGACAACCUCACCUCAGUUACCUGGAAUACCAAAAAAUUGGAAGACUUCCAGGCGAUCAUCCACAGACAGGCAGAGGAAUUGAGCCGAUGUGUGUCUUCUACUAGCAGACGAGUAGACGUGAAACUGAGAAAUUGCAACAGGAGGCUGACCAGAAGUAUUCUGGACCGCACUGUGAUGACUGGCAGGCGAAUGAAAAAUAAACAGAAAACUAACUACAAGAGACAACUGAGAAAUUACUACAGGAGACUGAGCUGUACUCUUAACCGCACCGGGGGUAGUGCAGCGUCCUGGGAGCUGAUCAGGAAGGAAACCAAACUAAAUCUGGAUCACCUCGAUGUGCUGGUGAGCUUCAUCAAAGCUUCAGGAGCUGCCAGCAGGAGGCGCAAUACACCGACUCAACAUCAACAUCAGCAUGUCUCAUCAAACUGAUUUAUUCAUUUCUGUUUUUGAUCUUUUUCUCUGUGAGAGACUUUGCUGGUUUCUACAUUCCUUCUAUUUAUUUAUUUAUUUAUCAUGUUUCUAUUUAUUAACAAAGUGCUCUUCUAUUUAUUUGAUGAACUGUUAUAGUGUUAUAUUUAAAGACUGAGUCUGAUUUUUUACUUGAAUUGUUUUUAUAAG